UCGGGCGCUCCCGCUCCCCUUUGUUCGCCGCGCCGAUGGCGGCCGGGCCGGGCGCCGGCCCCGGGGCGCCCAGCGAGGCGGAGGCGGCGCAGCUGUGCCGCAGCUUGGAGAUGGGCACCGUCAUGACCCUCUUCUACUCCAAAAAGUCGCAGCGACCCGAGCGGAAAACUUUCCAGGUGAAGCUGGAGACGCGGCAGGUCACCUGGAGCCGCGGCUCCGAGAAGGUGGAGGGGGCCGUGGAUAUUCGUGAGAUCAAAGAGAUCCGUCCAGGCAGGAACUCCCGUGAUUUUGACCGCUACCAGGAGGAUCCGUGUUUCCGACCUGACCACUCGCACUGCUUCGUUGUCCUCUACGGCACAGAAUUCCGGCUGAAGACCCUCAGCUUGCAGGCCACUUCUGAGGAUGAGGUCAAUAUGUGGCUCAAGGGGCUGAACUGGCUGGUGGCAGACACUCUGAGGGCACCCACCCCCCUGCAGAUUGAAAGGUGGCUCCGGAAGCAGUUCUACUCCCUGGAUCGCAACCGGGAGGACAGGAUCUCUGCCAAGGAUCUGAAGAACAUGCUGUCCCAGGUCAACUACCGGGUCCCCAACAUGAGGUUCCUGCGGGAGAGACUCACGGAUGUGGAGCAGAGGAACGGGGACAUCACGUACGGGCAGUUUGCACAGCUCUACCGCAGCCUGAUGUUCAGCGCCCAGAAAACCAUGGAUGUCCCGUUCUUGGAAAGGGGUGUAGAAAGGUCUGAGCACUUCAGGGUGUCGCUGCUGGAGCUGCAGAAGUUUUUGCUGGAGUACCAGAGGGAGCUCUGGGCUGCAGAUACCCUUCAGGUACAGGAAUUCAUGUUCAACUUCCUGAGAGACCCUUUGAGGGAGAUUGACGAGCCUUAUUUCUCCCUGGACGAAUUUCUCACCUUCCUGUUUUCCAAAGAGAACAGCAUCUGGAACUCACAACUGGACAUGGUGUGUCUGGAGAACAUGAACAACCCUCUCUCCCAUUACUGGAUCUCCUCCUCACAUAACACGUACCUGACGGGGGAUCAGUUCUCAAGCGAGUCCUCGCUGGAGGCCUACGCCCGCUGCCUGCGCAUGGGCUGCCGCUGCAUCGAACUGGAUUGCUGGGACGGCCCCGAUGGGAUGCCAGUCAUCUACCACGGACACACCUUAACCACCAAGAUCAAGUUCUCUGAUGUCUUGGUCACUAUCAAGGAGCACGCCUUUGUCACCUCUGACUUCCCCGUCAUUCUGUCCAUUGAGGACCACUGCAGCAUUGCUCAGCAGAGGAACAUGGCUCAGAAUUUCAAGAAGGUUUUUGGAGACAUGCUCUUGACCAAGCCAGUCGAUAUUUCUGCUGAUGGCCUUCCAUCUCCAAACCAGCUCAAGAGGAAGAUUCUCAUCAAGCACAAGAAGCUGGCGGAGGGCAGCGCUUACGAGGAGCUGCCCACGUCAGUGAUGUACUCAGAGAAUGACAUCAGCAACUCCAUCAAGAAUGGGAUCCUCUACCUGGAAGACCCCAUCAAUCAUGAGUGGAACCCACAUUACUUUGUGCUGACCAGCAGCAAGAUCUAUUAUUCUGGGGAGACCACCAGUGACCAAGGAAACGAGGAUGAGGAAGAACAAAAGGAGGUGAGCAACAGCACGGAGCUUCACUCCACGGAGAAGUGGUUCCACGGGAAGCUGGGAGCGGGCCGCGACGGGCGGCACAUCGCGGAGCGGCUGCUGACGGAAUACUGCAUCGAGACAGGGGCCCCCGACGGCUCCUUCCUCGUCAGAGAGAGCGAGACCUUCGUGGGAGACUACACCCUCUCCUUCUGGCGCAAUGGGAAGGUGCAGCACUGCCGGAUCCACUCGCGGCAGGACGCCGGCAGCCCCAAGUUCUUCCUGACGGACAACCUGGUGUUCGACAGCCUCUACGACCUCAUCACCCACUACCAGGAGGUGCCACUGAGGUGCAACGAGUUUGAGAUGAGGCUGACGGAGCCAGUGCCACAGACCAAUGCCCACGAGAGCAAAGAGUGGUACCACGCCAACCUCACGCGGGCCCAGGCCGAGCACAUGCUGAUGCGGGUGCCCCGCGACGGAGCCUUCCUGGUGCGCAAGAGGAGCGAGCCCAGCUCCUACGCCAUCUCCUUCAGGGCAGAAGGGAAGAUCAAGCACUGCCGGGUGCAGCAGGAGGGCCAGACCGUGCUGCUGGGCAACUCUGAAUUCGAGAGCCUGGUGGACUUGAUCAGCUACUACGAGAAGCACCCGCUGUACCGCAAGAUGAAGCUGCGCUACCCCAUCAACGAGGAGACCCUGGAGAAGAUUGGGACAGCGGAGCCAGACUAUGGAGCCCUGUACGAGGGACGCCACCCUGGGUUCUAUGUGGAAGCCAACCCCAUGCCCACCUUCAAGUGUGCAGUCAAAGCCUUGUUUGACUACAAGGCACAGAGGGAAGACGAGCUCACCUUCACCAAAAAUGCCAUCAUCCAGAAUGUGGAGAAGCAGGAAGGAGGCUGGUGGAGAGGAGAUUAUGGUGGCAAAAAGCAGCUGUGGUUCCCUUCCAACUAUGUAGAGGAAAUUACCAGUCCCACAAGCCUGGAGCCAGAGCGGGAGCAGCUGGAUGAGAACAGCCCCCUGGGAGACCUGCUCGGAGGGGUCCUGGACGUGCCCUCCUGCCAGAUCGCCAUCCGCCCCGAGGGGAAGAACAAUCGCCUCUUCGUCUUCUCCAUCAGCAUGUCCUCGGUGUCACGCCUGUCCCUGGACGUGGCGGCCGACACGCACGAGGACCUGCUGGACUGGGUGAAGAAGAUCCGGGAGGCAGCUCAGACAGCUGAUGCCAGGCUCUCUGAAGGGAAGAUGAUGGAGAGGAGAAAGAAGAUUGCUCUGGAGCUUUCAGAACUGGUGGUCUAUUGCCGACCUGUGCCCUUUGAUGAAGAGAAGAUCGGCACAGAGAGGGCCUGUUACCGGGACAUGUCCUCCUUUCCCGAGACCAAGGCGGAGAAGUACGUCAACAAGAUCAAGGGCAAGAAGUUCCUGCAGUACAACCGCCUGCAGCUCUCCCGCAUCUACCCCAAGGGCCAGCGCCUCGACUCCUCCAACUACGACCCCCUGCCCAUGUGGAUCUGUGGCAGCCAGCUGGUGGCACUCAACUUCCAGACCCCAGACAAGCCCAUGCAGAUGAACCAGGCCUUGUUCAUGUCCAGUGGCCAGUGUGGGUACGUCCUGCAGCCGACCAACAUGAGGGAUGACAUCUUUGACCCCUUUGACAAGAGCACGUUGCGGGGCACAGAACCACUCUCCAUCUCCAUUGAGGUCCUGGGGGCCCGGCACCUUCCCAAAAAUGGAAGGGGAAUUGUUUGUCCCUUCGUGGAGGUGGAGGUGUCUGGUGCUGAGUAUGACAAUGCCAAGCAGAAAACAGAGAUCGUGGCUGACAACGGCCUGAACCCUCUCUGGACCCCGAAGCAAUUCCACUUUCAGGUCAGCAACCCUGAGUUUGCCUUCCUCCGCUUUGUGGUGUACGAGGAGGACAUGUUCAGCGACGAGAACUUCCUGGCUCAGGCCACCUUCCUGGUGAAAGGCUUGAAGACAGGUUUCCGAGCUGUUCCCCUCAAGAACAACUACAGUGAGAACCUGGAGCUGGCUUCUCUGCUUGUCAAGAUAGACAUUUUCCCUUGCAAGCAGGAAAACGGAGAAAUAAACCUCUUCAAUGCUUCAUCCCUACGGGAACGAGCAGGGGAUGGCUCCAGCCAGCUGCUGGCAAGCAGAGGCAGAGAGGGGUCCUUUGAGCUGCGGUACCAGCAGCCUUUCGAGGAUUUCCGUGUGCCCCCAGAGCAGCUCGCUGACCACUUUGAGAGCCGGGAGCGAAGGGUACUGCGGAGGACCCGGGUCAACGGGGACAACCGGCUGUAGCCCACCCCGGCGGGCGAAAGCACCUCCAGUGCUUGUGAAUCUCACAGCACGCUGUGAACUGGUUUCUAUGGAAACGGCACUGCUAUGGCCUACUUUCAGGCAGCUUUUCCAGUUUCUCUGCUGAAGUGUGUUCGAGUGGAGAACUAAAAAAAAAAAAAAAAAAACUGGAAAUAAACCCCACCCCGAACCAACCCCAAGCACCCACCAACCUUCACCACGAAGCCCUUAAGAAGCGCGUCAGUGCGGACAGGCUGCCGGAGGCCAGAGAAAAACUGUCUGUAAUCACAGGAAGAGACCUAAAAGCUCCCAUCCAGCCUCUGCAUCACUGCUCUGUGUAAUCCAGAGAUCCUGUGCAGCUGCUGGAGCCUGGCUGCAGCCACCCCGUGCUGUGUCCAUGCCCAGAGCUCUGGGCAGGUGUGACUGCAGUGACCACAGCAGCACCUCUGUCUGUCCUGGUGACACCACAUCUGACCUGUAUAGCCACUGCCGAAGGGUCCAGUAGUGAAACUCUACAUUUACAGGGCCGCUCUAGCUUUAAAUGACAAUAAAAGUGUCAGUAUUAUGCGUG